AUGAUGAGUAGCCAAGAAACGGAGUACCACUCCAAGGAUUUUGAGUGGCAAGAACUGAGGCAACAAAUUGAGAAUGAUCCUACCCUUCGGUAUCAUUUCCUUCCUUAUAUCCAUCAAUCCAUCCUCUCUUCCUCUUCAUCUUCUUCCCUGGACUCUCAAUCAUGGAACCAGUUUCACGCUCGUCACGUUACCGGAAAAUUCUUUAAGGAGAGACGGUAUUUGUUUAAGGAAUUUCCUGAACUAGCUUCAUGUGAGGAGUAUUCUAAGGUAUUGGAGGUGGGGUGUGGUAAUGCAAGUACUGCUUUACCAAUCUUACGUGGCAAAGAAAACAUCAUUGUAUUUGCCUGCGAUUGUAGCACAGAGGCACUUGAGAGGGCAACAGAAACCAUACAUGCCUCCAAUGUGGUCUCGGCUGAAAGGCGUUUUCGUCCAUUCUGUUGGGAUGUUUCUACAUGUCAUUUCCCUAAGUGGCUGAUAUGUGAUUCUUGCCAUGAAACAGCUCAGCUAAAGCAGAAUAUAUUUCUUUCAGAUUUUGGCAAUAACGAGAGCGAUUGUACUACUGAUAUAACUUCAUCAAAGGAAAGUGAUUGCUGCAUUGGUGGUGUGGAUUAUGUUACUUUGAUUUUUACUCUAUCAGCUGUACCGCUUCACAGGAUGUCUACGGCUGUUGCUGCGUGCUUCUCGGUUUUAAAACCUGGUGGACUACUCUUCUUCAGGGAUUACGGCCUCUAUGACAUGACCAUGCUUCGAUUUGAGCCUGAUCAAAGAGUGGGGUUUAGGGAAUACAAGCGAUCUGAUGGCACCCGUUCAUACUUUUUUUCUUUGGAUAGUGCACGCGAUCUCUUUCUAGGUGCCGGCUUCACGGAGCUUGAGCUUGAAUAUUGCUGUGUGAAGUCAGUUAAUCGUCGUAAACAGAAAAUGAUGCGCAGGGUGUGGGUUCACGGGAAGUUCCAAAAACCAAUGUAAGUCGUUUUUGCACCACAUACGAUAUAAAUAGAAGAAAAUAUUUAUUUGCUUCAUAUGUAUAAUUUCUUGGAUUUGGCUUCCCAAAUCUUAUUACAUUACAAAAAUGAAAUGUUCAUUUACUCUCAUUGUGGAGUAAGAACAUACAUUUUGC